AUGAAUUAUGCUAAUCCAUUUUCAUUGUCAUUUCAUGGAAGUUAUCCUAAUCCUAAAGAAAAUCCAAGCAUUUUAACCAGCUUUCUUUCUCAAAAUUAAUCAAUCAGAUCAGCUUAAUCAAUACCUACUAAGUUGAGUUUCAUAUCACAAUAAUAGUUUAAGAAAAAAGAUCUUAUAUCUCCAAGAUCUAAGAUUGUUACUUUACAUGAAGAUAGAAAGUUUGAAAAAAGAAAUAUAGAAAGAGUUAAAUAUGUUUCAGAACACUCUACAACACCUUAUUUAUUCAUUUCAAAAAAACAUCCUUAAAUUCACAUUCCUAUGUUUCCUAAACUUUCACCUGAACCUAAAAUAUAAGUUCAUAGAAUGCCUUAUAUCAAUAUUAUGACAGAGCCAACAGCUACAAUUGAAGAACAUAGUGAUGAAGGUAGAAGUAAUUAUGAAAAAAGUCUUGAUGAUGAUAAGUAAUUAAUUUUCAAUUAGUCAAAUAAUUUACUUUAAGCAUCUCUAAUUUCCAACAAUUAAGAAGAAUCAUUAUCCCCUAACAAACUUUCUCUUAAAUCCCGCUUUAAAUUGGCAGUCUAAAAAUCUUUUCGCUAACCUCCUAGAAAAGUAUUAUCUUAUAUAAUUAGUCUAUUUUUACUCUACUUAUUUCUCAUGAAUUUAAUACACAUACUGAAAAUGAGAGAAAAUCCAUUCAUAAAAAAUUUGAACCAGGCAAUUCUAUUUUAGCUUCCAAAAUUACUUUUAUCAAAAAAUAUUAAUCCAAAUAAUCAUGUAUCUCUUAUAGGGAUAUUAAGAAUCAAUCCAAUUUUCAUAAUGUUGAAUAAUUUAAUAUCUCCUCUUAAGCAUUUUAAAGGAAAAUUAGUUUAAUUCAUAAUACAAAUUCUAGAAAUUUAAUUCAAAAUGAAUCUUUUUCUUUACUACCAAAAUCUUCUAGAAAAUCUGCAAUCAUUUCAAAAUUUUAAAGUAAUUUUUUAAUUGGAAUUACUGAUAAAAAAAAUGAAAAACUCUAAUUUUAAGAAGGAGAUGAAAAAUAAUCAUAGAAUGAUUAAAUACACUUUUAAAGAGUUUAAAUUAAUAUAACAGUUACAUUUGAUAAUGUUGAUAAAACUGUUUAUUAAUUCAAUAAACCUAAACAUAUUUAUGAAUAAAAUAAUAUCAUAAAUGAAGAUUAAUCAUAACUUAAAAAUUUAUCAUCGAAAUUAACCCAAAAAAUUGUUCCUAAUACUUUACAACCACAAACAAAUUAAAUUUAACUUGUAUCAACUAAAAAAUUAGAUUUUAAUUCUUCUUUUAUUGAUUAAAAAACUAAAAGAUAAUCUAGAUUAUCUAUAUAAUAUGGAGGAGCACAAGAAGAAGUAUUAAAAUUUGAUUCGAAAAAUUAAUUUAAUAAAGUAAUUGUUUUAAUAUUUUUAAAGUCUGGCUUAUUUUUUAGGGUUUAUUAUCAAAAUAAAUUAUACAAAUUGACACAAAAAUCUAAUUAUACUAAAGAAAAUUUAUAAGAAAUAGAAUAAAGUUUCAGACCUAAUUUUUGUUCUGUUAAUAGUAAUACAAUAAUGAAUAAUGUAUAUACAAUAAUGUCAACUACAGAAUAUGGAAUAAGAUAAAGAAAAGUUACAAAUGAAUCCAUAACAGAUAAAAUUCAAUUUUUAGGAAUUAAAUUAUCAAAAUAUUAGAUAGAAUUUGAGAGACAGAUUUUUAAUUAUAAUGAUGAAACAUCUUUGGAUGAUUCAGAUUUUAGUGAAGAUUCAGAAUCAGAUGUAUCCUUAGAUAAAUUUUUAGAAAGUCCAUUAAAUCUAAAUAGUAUUAAUUACUAUAAAUUAUAGCUAGAACCAUUAGAUAAAAAGAAAAAGACAUCUAAAGGAUUAAAAACUCUUUUAGAAACUUCAUAAUAGUAAUAAAAUUAAAAUCAAUUUAUGAAUGAUUAACCUACAGAUUAAAAAUGUAAAUUUUAAUUUAUAUGAUAGAAUUAUCAACUGGAACAUUAGUUUUAAUCAAGAAAAUUCGCAAAGCCUUUAAAAUAUCAUUAUUUAUUUAACCAAUUAUAAGUCUCUUAGAAUCUUCAACAAAAAAUCAGUUGCUUACAUAUUCUAUUUUAUUUUGUAAUGAAUUUGAAAUGGAAUAAAUAAAGGAUAAAUAUCAAAUUGCUUUUUAAGAAUUAAAUAAAUUUUAAGGAAAUCCGAAAUUAAAUUCUAUGAUAUUUUCAGCUAUUGAAAUGAGAUAUUCUUAAAUUUUAAUUGGGAGAUAUAUCAAUUAAACUAGAAUUAUUGAUGUUGAACAUUAAGAUCCUGUUAUUUAAACAACAAUUCUAGAAAAAUAAGAUUCAUAAUAAACUUAUCAAAUGCCAUAAUAAUUAACGUAAAUAAAGAAUUAAAACAAAUAUAAUCAUAAAGAAGAUUCAUUUAAUAAAAAAGUCUAAACAGUAACAAAGAGUAAAUAAUAAUCUUAAAGAUAUCUUACUAAAUAAGAUUCUCUUUAAGUUAAUUUACCUUAAUAAUGGAAUAAAAGAGCUAUGUAAUCUGGAGAGUUAUCAAAUACAAUACAAUAGUCAAAUUAAUAAAAUUCAAAUUUGUUUACUCAAACAUCUACUGUUUUAAUAACUAAACCUACUUAAACAUCUUAGCAAUCUGUAUUUAGAGUUGUGAGUUCAAAACAUAUUGAUUUAAAUAGUUCAUAGUAAGAUAUGAGUUCUUCAUUUCAUUCUUCAUAAAAUGAGGAGACUCCAUAAUCUGGUUAGAUUUAAAAAACUUAAUAGACAUAAAUAUAGUAGCAAUAAAUAUUAUAAUAAUAACCUUAGGAUUAGAUAAACUCUGUAAGAAAAUUAUAUAGUCAGAAUGAGGAUUCUUAUUAAAAUGAAAAUGAGUAAUACAAUUUUCAUCCUAUAAAAAAUAAUAUGGUAUUUAAUUUGUAUAAGAUCAGAAUUUUUUAAGUAUGUACAAGAAUUCAUUAAGAAUGAGAACACACAUUAAGGAAUCUUCAAGAAGAUAAAAAUUAGAUUAAAUUUAAUAAAUCAAAUUUUCUAUUUAUGAUCAUAAUUAUACAGAAGUACGUUUAUUAUUAGAUUGAUAAAUAGUUUAUUGAUAAUAUCCAAAUGAUUCCAGAAAUGAAAUUAGAUACAACUUUUUAAAAUGGAAAUACUUUUCUUAUUAUAGCAGCUUAAUGUGGAUGCAUUGAAAUUGUUCAUGAGCUAAUAAAGAGAGGUUCAGAUCUUAAUAUAUAAAAUGUAAAGUAUUACUAAAGAAGGAUGAUGGCAAUACAGCAGUACAUUUAGCAUUGGCAUAUGGACAUUAUAAGAUUGCAGAUAUGUUAAUGGAAGCCGGAGGAAGUACUCAUAUUUUCAACAAAAAAGGAUAAAAUGCCUGGGGUUUGUUAUGAUACUUAAUAUUAUUUAUUUAUAUAAAUAAUUUAAUAUAACAAUGGAUCAAGAUUCUAAGAAACCUAAAUUAAUCAACAAUUAUUAGUAUAUCUCUAUGUUUUAUAAUAGAAAAAACAAUCAAAAAGGCAAAAAAUUAUAAGCAUAAAAUUUAAGUUCUCUAAAAUAUGUUCUCUAAGAACUAUAAAAAAUAAAGAAAACUCCAAGUACAUCUUUACAUACUACUGCGAGUAAAAGAAAUUAACAAUCAAAAUAAAAAGAUAAUAUUUAGGUUUAAACGCCUUAAACUAGUUGUCGUUCUAGAUUAUAAUUAACGAAAAGAAACCAAUGGAUUGAACUAAUUAAUCAAAAAUCAUAAUAAAAUCUCCAGUCUGAUUAAAUUGCAAUCACCGAAUAUCGGUAUUAAUAAAAUUGAACUUAGAACGAAAGUAUAAAUGGAU